UGGACGCGGCUCCUCCGAGCUCAAACAGUCGAAACCCUUACCGGCGACCGAGUCAACCUCCCCGCCGACCUCCUCCAUUCCCUCGUCGGCAACGACGACCGCCAUGCCCACCCGCUCACCUUCCAACUCGUCAGCCCGCACACCAGUCUCAAAGUCUAUGCCACAGUCCGCGAGUUUACAGCCGACGAAGGCACGAUACAGCUCGGAAAACCACUAGCGGAAUCACUUGGGUUGCUGAACCUUCCGCCCACCGAUAACGAUGAUAAUAAGGCGCUGGACGUUCGGUUGACGACAGUCACACUCCCGUGCGGCACGUACGCGAAACUGGCACCGCUGGAUGCGGAUUAUCUGGAGAUUGCCGAUAUCAGAUCCACCCUCGAAUCGCAUCUGCGCAGGAACUACGCGACGCUGACGCAGGGGCAGAUUCUGGCUAUCACCGAGAUCCAUAGGUCGACGCGGCAGGCGCAUGAGCAUCGGUUUCUGGUUGCAGAGUUGAGGGCAGAGUCGAAGGAUACGAUCCCAGGCUGUCUCAUCCUCGAUCAGGAUGUCGUGGUAGACAUCGAACCUCUCGACAUCGGCUUGGCAGAAGCGGCGGUACGCAAAAAGUUCACCCCGCAACAAGCUGGUGGCGGCGGCGGCGGACCAAUCCAACUCUCCUGGGACGCAGAAGGGCGGACCGCGUCCUCAUUGUCCCCAUAUUCAGUAAAAGCCGACGAGUACAUAUACUUCCAGAUCCCGACAACACCUUCCCCAUCGACAUAUACCAUCGAAGUAGACCCACACCACGGCGACGCGGACGUGUUUCUGUCCACAACCUUGGAGAAACCUUCCAUAAUGGAUCACUCAGCUUACAACGUCGACGUCGGCCGCUCCGUCGUCUCAUUAGAGGUGCCGGAUCCGACUCAGGCGCCGAUCCUGCAUAUCGGCGUGCUGGGCGUCUCCCCAACGUCCGAGUUCCAAUUACACGUCCGAGUCGACGACCUCUCCGCCAAGACCACCGACGAGCCCGUCCCCCCUCCGCCUGAGCCAACAACCGAACCACCACCCGGCACAACCCGCUGCACCAACUGCGGCGCCCACAUACCUUCCCAAACCCUCCCCAUGCACCUCGCCUUCUGCCUCCGCAACAACACCACCUGCCCCCACUGCCACACCACUCUCCUUAAAUCCCAAGCCGCCGACCACUGGCACUGCGGUUUCUGC